AUGAUCAUCCGCACUGCCGCGGCCAUCGCCGCGUCGCUCCUCUGGGUUUUGCCACACCCAGAUGCUUUGGCGCGGGUCGCGGUCGAAGCGCCCGAUGCUCGGCUGUCGGCGGGCGACGCGCGGGCCGUCGCAGAGAUCAGGAGGCAGCUUCGCGCUCAGCCAAAGCAGGCAUCCGCUGAAGACAAGGUGGCUCAGGCCAAAGCUGCUCGUGAGGCGACGCUGGCAGCCGUCGCCGCAGCCGAGCGUGAUGCAGCGGAGGCACGCGCCUUCGCAGCGGCCAAGGCCAAGGCGGCCGAGGCGGCGGCCAAGGCAGAGCAGGCAGAGCAGAAGGCCUCAAUGCGGGAAGCGUCCCUUGCGGCUAGGGAAUCGUCCCGCGCGGCGCGAUCCGAGGAGAAGGCGGCCGCGCGUGUCGCUGCUAAGGAGGCCGACUUGGCGGCCAAGGCUCGGCGCCAGACCGCCAAGGAGGAGGCGGCG